AUGAUUUUUAAUAAGCCUUUUAUUAUUCUCUUUUUAAAUAAAACUUUAAAUUUUACCCGUAAAAUGAUUUUCAGAAAUACUUUUUUAAUUGUAGCAGGAGUCAUUUCUAUUGGAGCAAUUUAUUAUACACUACAAGUAUAUAAAAAUCUUACUGAUAAGGAAACAAUGGAAAACAAAACGUGUCUGUGCGACGGGAAUGAAUAUUUGAAUGAAAAUAGGGAUUCGUCAUCAGAUAGUAAAAAUUCAGAUGAAGCUAUUAGUACAAAAAAUAAGGUAAAUUUAAACGAAUUAACAGUAGAAAAUGCAUCUAUCUCUUACAACCCUUGUUUUAAUGAAGAAGAGAUAACUGAGAUAUCGCCAUUAAGCAGAAAAGAAUCGGAUAAUAAUUAUUCUUGUUUAGCUAAAGCUAAUUAUAAACCAAAAAAUGCUUUAAAACGAUGCUCUUCCGAUUUAGAUACUUAUUGUAAAUUAAAAUCUGCAGAAGUAGAAACAAGUUUUGAUAAUAAUUUUUGUGUAAGCUCUUGUAAUGAAUCAACGAAUAAUAGUACUUGUAAUGAAAAACCUAAUCUGUGUCUUACAAAUGAUGGGGAUUCUAGUUAUAACUCGCAUGUCGAUAAAUUCAUUCGGUCUCGAAGCGUGAAGCAUUUAAACGAAAAUAUGUUUGAAGAUUUUCCACUUUUACUAGAUAUCUUUGUAAACGAAUUUUAUUCCCAAAAAUUUACAAACACCAGAAAAACGCCUUAUAGUAGUGAUCUUAAUGUUUUAAUGUCAAUUAAUCACAAUACAAGCUUAUCUGGUUAUACUAAGGUAGUCUUAAUAUGCUUAUUAUUCACAUUUAGGGAAUGUAGCGAAUUACCUAUUGGAUAUCUUAAAGAAAUAAAAAUACCAUUCGAAAUUAAUAACGUACAUAUUAAGGUGCAACCAUGGUCGAAAAUCAAUACAAUUUAUGAAGAAAGACUGUCUUCUGAUUACACUUUACAAAGCGUGCCCUUUUCUACGUUUACGAAACUAGGACUAAGAAGGAUAGAAAAUUUACUAAAAAGUACGAAUAAAAAUGUAUUGUUUGUAGAGAAUUUUGCCAAAAACAUUAAAGAGGCGUAUUUCAGCUACAAGUAUUCUGAAAUUUAUCGUGACAGUCCUAUAGAUGUUAUUGAUGGAUUAAUUUGUGCUAAUAAGGAUCUAAUAAAAAAUUUUGUGUUUAGUGGCAUUUACAGUGAUAAAAUACAGUAUAUUUUAAAGAAUUAUGCUAUAAAAGCUGAUAAAUUUGGUGACAGAAUUUCAGUACUUGAUAUGGGGGUAGGAUUAUAUUUACUAAAUAUUAUAAGGAUUUUUACUAAUUAA